UUCAUCCUUAUAUCAAAAUACCGCCAUUUUUUAAAACCCAAACACAACUACAAUUCACAGAAUAUGGACAACACUGAAGAGCGCCUAGCUGAAGAGGUCCUGAGGCACGAGCACCUCUACAACCCGUCUUUGAGUACCCACGAACACGUACAGAUGACCGCAAACUCGUGGAGAGAGAUUUCGGCUAGCGUAGGUUUAGAUGUGCAAGAGUGCAUCGAGGGAUGGGGGAAGAUGGUGGACGAAUAUGUUUUCUUUCACCAGAUGUCGUGGUUGGACCCAUACAUAGAAGAUAGUGAGACGUCGUCAAACUACGACAACAAGACGGAGUCAUUAUCCAGUGAGGGGAUCCAUUCAUCCUCCCCCGAGUCAUCCACCUCAGCACCUGAGGACUCCCCCGAGUCAUCCACCUUGGUCAUACCGCCAGCUCAUCGUUCACGAAAGAGGAGAAGACGGAUGGAGCCAGACCAGAGUUCCAUCGCCGAUGUGUUCUCCAUGUCCGUGGGGCGCAGGAUACAACUGUACAGGAGCUUUGCGAAUGUGGUACCCUGUCCAUCACCACCACUAGACCAAUGCGCUUUGUUUGGGCAAAUUGUCGGUUGUCUGGCAAAGAAGCUGCCCAAAGACAGGCGACGGGCAAUAAUGUGCCAGGUAUACAGCCUGCUGAUUAAGAACCAGUCUGACUAUGUGCCUUAUUUGCAAGUUAAUGCAAUUUGUAAAUAGUUUGUGUAUUUGGCACCAUGUUGUUUUAUAUUUCUUAUUUUGCACCUAGUUUGUACUUUUCUUCUGCACCUUGUUUAUUAUAUUACUUAUUUUGCACAUUGUUUGUUCUACUACUUAUUUUGCACAUUAUUGUUUGUAUAUAGAAAUAAAACACAACAUUAACAGUUGGGGAUUUUUUUAUUUACAUGGCUAAAAGUCAGCAUCAAUUCAUUUCUCACACCUAUAGGAGUUCAUACAGCCUACAGUUUAAACAACAGGGCUGAUCAUAUGCCAAGACACUCUGCUGCUUCUUUGCACUUUGUAAAUAGUACUCUAGUAUUAUAACUUACAAGGGAAUGGUUGGACCAAGGCACUCUUCUUUUCAAGAAAACGCUUUAAUGAAGAUGCUAGUUCAUAUUAGAACUCUACAAACACUUUAUGCCAAUCAUUUU